AUGCCUUCUGGCCCUCCACAAAUAGGGCCAGAACCUGACAUACUUACUGGGGCCAUCCGCAGUCAUUGCAACCAGUGCUAUCAUCUCCUUCGCGAUCAGAUCAACUUCCCAGUUUUACGCUUCAAUGAUUUCGGAUGGUCCUUCCUGGGGCUAGCCCUCACGGUCGGCUGCCAUGAGAUAGCACGGGAUAUUGCUCACCAUAUUAAUGACCCCGGACAUGUUACCGGCAGCGCAAAUGUCAAACAAGUGGGCAGUCCAAGGAUCAUAACACUUGCCCUUCAAACAGGGGAUAAAACAAUCUUUGAACCUAUUUACAACCAGAUCCCUGCACAACUUGCACGUGAAACACUCUCACAACAUGUUACGCCGCAUGAGCGAGCUCAGCUCUGCCGGAAUUCCACACCUGACCUUGCAGACCGACUCCUUCAAGACGGGUGUAAUAUUGCUGACGGAGUUGACAGUAAUACACACGAUACCUCAUGGCACUAUGGGAUCGAAAAUCCGUGUGGCAUUCCAUUCAUGCAGUUCCUUAGGCGCAAUCAGACAGGCCAGGUCAGCAAAAACCGGGCAAACGCCAAUGGUGAAACGCCUCUCAUGAAAGCCGUGCGCUCCAAGCGCCUGGAUAUGGUGAGAUGGCUGACCGAUAUUAGCGUCGAUGUUAAACACGAAGCAUUCCGCGGGACUACUGCGCGCACCUGGCUGCAGAGCUUCAAAGCGAUGAGAAAAGCACAGGGACCAUACUCCAUGCCUUGGACUCUUGGAUACGGUGAGCGCCGGAAGAUCCGUCGUCAGUAUCGCAACCGUGUUUACAAGAAGUACAGGGAGAUCAGUGGACAUGAACCUGACCGGACUCUGACUUAUGCAGCAGGUCUCACAGCAGCACAGUAUGCAUCGAGGUUCGGCCUAAGGGAGCUGGCAACCUACAUUAACAGGGAGCCAUACAAUCUACGCCCCCGCUAG